UGUCAGCAUUUAUUAAAUGACAGCUGUCAGUCCCAUUUAACCUUAAAAUUUUGAUUUUUUACUUUCCCAAAAAAUUAUUUGUAGUUUCAGAACCUCAGCCAGGUUAAAAAAUAAUGCAAUGUUUACACUUAAAUAUACGGCAGGUAACAUUUAUCACGCUUUCGAUUAUCAUCAACAAUAUAAAUCUUAUUCAAAUGGCUGAUAAUACACUAGAAGGCUCUCGCGAGACAACCUCUAAGAGCAAGAACGUUUCAGAAAAUAAAGAAGUGGUUCAAAAUGUUGAUUCAACACUUCCCUGUCCCUUAAACACGGACUGCAAAGACUUACACCCGCAAUGUCUGAUAUGCGACAUCAACCCGGAGUGUAUUUAUGGCGAAAAAAUGGUCACAAAUUGCACAGUGCAGCCCACAGUCAAGUGCAACGGUGACCGGUCAUUCAAAAAACACUUACUUUGCCGUUAUUGCUACCAAACUGAGUCUUGGGAACACACCUGUGAUUUAAAAGCCAAUUGUAACUCAGUGGCAUCCCCCAGAAUGACUUACACAACAAACUGUACUGUAAAAAGCGAUGUCUUGUGUCUUGGUAAUCGCACUUUUAAUAAAAACGUUCUGUGCAAUUGGACUGGCGGUUAUCGCUGGACCACCGCCCUGAUUUUAAGCAUCACAUUGGGCGGCUUUGGGGCUGACAGGUUUUACCUGGGCCAUUGGCAGGAAGGAAUUGGUAAAUUGUUUAGUUUUGGGGGGCUCGGAGUUUGGACGAUUAUUGACGUUAUUUUAAUUUCGUUGCAUUAUUUGGGCCCUGCUGACGGCUCACUCUAUAUUUAAGCCAAUAAUUUAUUAAUAAGGAUGCAAAGUGUGGAUAUUUUAGUAAUAAAACAAAUCAUAACAAUUUAACAA